AUGGCUCCCCUCACUUUGCCCUAUCUGAUCCUUCCCUCCGAUUUCGUUGAAGCUGAAGAUGGCACAUACACAACUGAUCGUAUCAUAUUCAACGUGUCGGAGAACAAGCUCUUCAAGUGGACCAACAUGUUCAAGGAACAUGAAGCUGGUGCCUGGUGUGCCGGUUCCUCUCAUGGAUGGCUGUUCAUGUUGGACACCAGAGGUUGUCCUUUUCUUCUGAACCCAUCUUCCUCCAAAUGCUUUUAUUUGGCACCAUUUUCUAAGGCAUUCAUGGAAAGUUCUGCUGGAAUCACACACUCUUGCUUCGUCGAAAACUCGCUCAAAACAUUCGUGACUAAAGUAGCACUGAUGUGCUCUCCCUCUCCAUCGCAGCAUACAGUCGCGAUAUUGUUCAGUUACCCAGGCAAGCUGGCCUUCUGUAUCAAACCUUCAACAUGGGUUGAACUCACUGGUGGUAAGGGCAGUUACCUUGACAUUGUGUUUCAGGACACCUAUCUUUAUGCCCUGACUGAAGAUGGAACGGUUGAAAUCUGGAAUUUUCUUCAACAAGUUCCAACAAUGGUUGCAGAUUUCAAACCGACCAUGGAUAGCAAUGAUGAAGAAGAGGGAGAGUUUUUGGGAGACGGGUUUUCAUGGAAAAUGUAUUUGGUGAUAUCGGAAGGAGAGCUGUUGCUGGUGAAAAGGUUUCUUGGAGAUUUUGUCAACGCCGCUGGUGAAGUCGUGUAUGAAGGGUACCAGUCACCAGAUGGCGGUGAUGAAAUCUGCCCAUAUAAAACCAAGGACUUUGUGGUGUAUAAGCUUGACCCACUUUCUGAAAACAAGUGGGAGAAGAAGGGUUCUUUGGGUGAUCGAGUUCUGUUUCUUGGUACUAAUGAGUCUGUGUCGAGGUCUGCCAAUGAGCUUCAAGGAUGUGAAGCCAACUCGAUUUACUUCACAGAUGACAGGUGGGAAGAGAUGAAUGGGGACUACUCAUAUGGUGGGCAUGAUUGGGGUGUUUUCAGCCUUCAAGAUAAAAUUUUCAAGACCCUUGCUGAGUGCCCAAAUAAGUUGGAUCCUCCACCUGUUUGGAUUGUUUAA